AAGGUCACCGUCGCUCACCGUCUGUUUCCGCGUUGCUCUCAUAUUAGCAUUAAUUGGCUAGCUGCUUUCCGGAAAGUUGUGCCUUUCAUCGGUUUUUACUCAGACUCUGACUCUCAGUUGGACCACAACACUUAAACAAGAGAGGAGGAGAUAUAUUCUCAAGGUCUCUGGGCAGAAAGAGCGGUCAGGUCUGGCUCAAGGUUGUUAAACGGUUCAUGCACAAGGUAAAGAGGCUGAAAACGGACGACAAAACAGAAGACGGCCAGGAAAGCAUCAGAGAGGCACUGGCAGGCAUGACGGGAGUGGAUGAGCUCUCAGACAGCACAGAGGUGGUGGAGAUGGAGGACGUGAAUCCCACCCAGUUCCAGGUGGAGAAACACUCGUGGGACGGCCUGCGGAAGAUCAUCCACAACAGCCGCAAGAACACCGGAGUGGUCAUCAACAAAGCACCGCACGACUUCCAGUUCAUUCAGAAGGACGAGGCCAGUCCGCACUCCCACCGCAUCUACUACCUUGGAAUGCCUUACGCCAGCCGAGAAAAUGCUUUACUCUACUCAGACAUUCCCAAGAAGGUCCGCAAAGAUGCGCUGCUCGUGUUGUCGUGGAAGCCGGUGCUGGAUCAUUUUCAGGCCAGUCCUCAUCACGGGGGCUUCUCUCGGGAGGAGGAGCUGCUGCGAGAGCGAAAACGUCUGGGAGUGUCGGGCAUCACCGCCUAUGACUACCACCAACCCAGUGGGCUCUUCCUGUUCCAGGCCAACAGCAGUCUGUACUACUGUCGGGACGGCGCUUGCAACUCUUUCAUUACCUCUCCGAUGAAUCCCACGGAGGUCAAGGGCCAGAAUAAUGGCACACGCAUGGACCCCAAAAUCUGCCCCGGAGACCCUAAAUUCAUCGGUUUUAUCAACAACAACGACAUUUGGGUGACAAAUAUAGAGACCGGAGAAGAGAGGAGACUCACAUUCUGCCACAAAGGCAUUGGUGACUCUAAAGAUGAUCCUAAAUCAGCUGGUGUUGCCACGUUUGUCACUCAGGAAGAGUUUGAUCGCUUUACUGGAUACUGGUGGUCUCCGGCUGCUCGUGAAGAGGCCGACGGUGGAAAGACUCUGCAGAUUCUGUAUGAGGAGGUGGACGAGUCUGAGGUGGAGAUCAUCCAUGUCCCAUCUCCGGCUCUGGAGGAGCGGAAAACAGAAGUCUACAGAUACCCACAUGCAGGUAGCAAAAAUCCCGAAAUCACUUUGAAGAUAGCGGAGAUCCGGGCAGACAGUCUUGGAAAGAUUGUCAGCACACAGGAGAAAGUGUUGCCUGUUCCUUUUACCCGUCUGUUUCCCAACGUCGAGUACAUCACUAGAGCUGGGUGGACAAAGGAUGGUCGAUAUGCGUGGGUGGUCAUGAUGGACCGACGGCAGCAGAAUCUCCAGCUAGUCCUGCUUCCUCCGGCACUUUUCAUCCCUGCUGAAGAGGAUGCAGCUAAAAGACUAGAGAGCCUGCAGGCUCUGGGAGACGCCGUCCAUCCCUUCGUCAUCUACAGAGAGACCAGCGAUAUCUGGAUCAAUGUCCACGACAUCUUCCAUCCUUUCAUCCAAACCUCCGAUGAUGAGUUCACCUUCAUCACGGUGAACGAGUCUAAAACGGGCUUCUGCCACUUGUAUAAGAUGACGUCGGUAUUACAGCGGGGCAGCUAUAACUGGGCUGAAGGAUACACUCACUCUGAAGAUGAUUUUAAGUGUCCAGUAAAAGAGGAGGUGACGAUUACCAGUGGGGAGUGGGAGGUUCUGGCCAAUCAUGGAGCAAAGCGAUCUUGCAGCCCUCAGAUUUGGGUGGACGAGGAGGCGAAGCUGGUUUAUUUCCAGGGAACCAAAGACUCUCCUCUAGAGCACCACCUGUAUGUGGUGAGCUACGAGACGCCGGGUGAAAUCGUCAGACUCACCAAACCCGGAUUCUCCCACAGCUGCUCUGUGAGCCAGACCUUCGACAUGUUUAUUAGCCAUUAUAGCAGUCUGACCACUGCUCCCUGCGUUCACAUCUACAAGCUGAUGGGCUCAGACAGCGACCCGCUGCACAAAGAACCUCAGUUCUGGGCGAGCAUGAUGGAGUCCUCUGGGUACCACUUUGAUGCUCCGCCACCAGAAAUCUUUAACUUCACAGGGAAGUCGGGCUAUGAGCUCUACGGCAUGUUGUACAAACCUAACAACUUGGUCCCUGGAAAGAAGCAUCCCACCGUUGUUUUUGUCUACGGUGGUCCUCAGGUGCAGUUGGUGAAUAACUCCUAUAAAGGAGUGAAGUACCUGCGGCUAAGCACGCUGGCGUCUCUGGGUUACGUGGUUCUGGUCAUCGACGGUCGGGGAUCUUGCCAGCGAGGACUCAAGUUUGAAGGAGCUGUAAAGGACAAGAUGGGUCUGGUGGAAAUUGACGACCAGGUGGAGGGUUUGCACUACAUAGCCGACAAGUAUAAGUUUGUGGACCUGAGUCGCGUCGCCAUCCACGGCUGGUCGUACGGAGGCUUUCUCUCCCUCAUGGGCCUCAUCCACAGACCAGACAUAUUUAAGGUUGCCAUCGCAGGAGCUCCAGUGACGUUGUGGAUGGCCUACGACACCGGCUACACAGAGCGAUAUCUGGACACGCCCGAAAAUAACCAGAAGGGAUACGAAGCGUGCUCCGUCGCCCUGCAUGUCGACAAACUCCCCAACGAGCCAAACCGACUGCUGAUCCUGCAUGGAUUUCUAGACGAGAAUGUGCACUUUUUCCACACUAACUUCCUGGUGUCUCAGCUCAUCCGAGCAGGAAAGCCGUACAGCCUUCAGAUUUAUCCCAACGAACGGCACAGCAUCAGGUGUCCGGAGUCCGGAGAGCAUUACGAGAUCAGUCUGCUGCACUUCCUCCAGCAGAACCUCUGAUAAGCCUUUCCACACUCACUAACCUGGCCCUCCUACCCUCUUCCUCCUCCUUCUUUCUCACUCUUCAGCAUUUAUCCAAACCUGCUUUCACCACUUUACUUGAUUUUAUGAUCCGCUGAAUGAAAUCUACACCAUACCUCAUCUCACCUCCGGAGUCAUUCACCGGUCUUAAAGUCGCAGCAGCAUUUUCAGCAUCAAAAUAUUGCCACAGAGCCAGAAGUUUGGGAAAUGAGUAAGAGACUCAACUCGCAGACGCCUGGCUUGCCUUUCAUGUUGCAUGCAGGAAUAAGGUGAAUGUUGAGCGGCCGUACUACACUCUGACACCAGUAGAGGUCGCUGUUCACCCAGGAGAUGAAACAAUAAAGCUUUUUUUUUUCCUACAAGCAGAAAUCCAGCAACAGGAGAACACGUUGAUGUUUAAAAUGCUGCUUUGUGUACCGCCAUUAGCAACGUGGACCAUUUUUACACUGUUUUGAAAGAGAUUUGCUGUUUAUUCCGGUGCCAUUUUAUUUUAGCAACUUAUUUCUGUGAUUCAACUGACUGUUCUGCCUUCGAGUACAAACUGAUGUUCAACAAAACACGAAGCAAACAAGCAACUCUUAAACCCCCUUCGGAUGCACACUUUGUUGUGUUUUGCUUUGAGAUUUGUGUCUUAUCUGCUACAGGUUAUUUUUAUGCAGUUAUUCCAGGAAAAAAAAAAAAGUUAAUUCCACAUUUUUAUUGGGUGGUAUUAUCUAAAAAAAAAAAAAAAAUCUUUUAGAAAUGUGGGAAGUUAUCUGGGACCUGUUCCUGAACGCUCGCUUUAACUUCCUGAAGCGCUUUCCUUUCUUCUGCUGCUGAGGACUUUUUUGCACAGUACAUAAUUUUUACCUUUGUGCCAAGAAACUGACCUGAAAGAUGACGUUCGAGAUAACUGAGGUGCCUUGGAAGAGUUUAGGAGCGCCUGCUCACAUUGAAAAUGAAUCAGGGAAUCAGUCAGAAGACUCAACACCAGUCUGAGUCUUGCGCCUUGUUAUCAUCCGCUGAAUUAUAUGGUUAUAAAUGUACUCUCAGUUACUGAAGAAAUAAACUUAAGUGAACAAUCUUUUUUUUUCCCAAAAA